GGUGCAGCUAGGGAGCUCGAGAGAUUUCUGCAUCACUGCACUUGCUGCUCAUUUCAAUGCGGAAAAUAGACAUUCAAAGCGUCUUACGUAUACAACAUCGACACACUCGAGUCUCCAUGUUAACACACACAAAUUCUACGAUUAUCUUCGAUUGUUCCGUUAUGGCUUAAAGCUACUUUUUUAACUUCCUUAGAGGAGUUUUUCGGAGGGGCUUUGCCCACGACUUGUCAGACAUAAAAUCUGACAACAUGGAUGCUAGGAUAUUGAAGUUGGCAGUAAUGGCGAGUGUUGUGUUCGCGGCGUCUUUAGCAACAAUCAAGACCCGCCAUGACGAAGGACACACAGCACAUAGAGCAGGUGGGUUUUACAGAAGAAUUCUUAAGUUUCACCUGGCCUUAAACGGCUGUUAAAGUUUCUCUGCUGCUUGAAAGGCACUCGUUUGCUUAAAUGCAAAACAUACGAUUGCCAAUCUCUCUAUUUAAAUCAGUACACGUAUAACUACUUCAAACUCUUCUCUGAGUUCCCAUUGUAAAAGUUCCGGUUAGUCUCUAAAAGGGUUUGGCCUUGGAAUAGGGAAUAAUCAUCGAUCACAUCUUUCCAUUUAAACACACGAUUAGAAUUAAACAUGUAUACAUAAUUAAUGUUAUGAAUUUGUUGAUAGGUGUACAUGGAAAUACUUUGAUUUUUUACUAAGAGAUUUCACCUGAUGUACGUUGCUGCAAUAUUCUAGCUUGCUUCAUAAAUAAAUCAGUUUCUACGGUCCGGAAGAAUGUUUGUAAUUUGAACGCACAGCAAGCAGUUUAGAGACCGGCUGUAACAUCUGAUCGCCGAGCUUCGCUGGCCAGCAAAACAAGUUACAACAAUGCUGUCGUAUCGUAUUAUCGUAUCGUAUUAUGCCUAGCUUUCUUUCAUUUCCAGAUCAGAGAACAGCACGGUUAUUAUUCACAUAAAAACUGUCAAUGUGAGACAUUUUUCCUGGGAAGCUCGAUCGUAACGCCUUUUUUUUCAAGCAAUUUUCCAUCUAUACACGAUAUUAUAAAGAGGGGCACAGAAGUGUGAAAAUUCACUUCGCAAUAUUGAUGACCUCGGCAUCACAGGAUAUUUAACUUUUCUACGUUUAAAAGAUUCCCUUUUGUCAUUUUUAUAAAUUACACCUGUCCAACAAGUUUUAAGUCCAGCUUCUGGAAGCUUAAAUCAAUUUCUAUCACUUCUUUACAUAUAUUUGAAUUAUAUCUCCUUGUGAGCGUACCUAUCAACGAAAGACCGUAUGAGAGGGCACUAACUUUAGGAAGUACACUUUUCUUGAAAAACAGCGCGUAAAAUAGACUGCAAAACAGUCGGUUAAAACUGAAAAUUACUCCCAAUUUUAUAAGCAGCAAUGGUAACAAAACUGAACUUGGCAAUCUUAAUUUUAUUUGCAAAUAUAUAUUCAGGCAGAUAAAAGCAACUUAAGUUUUUUUAUUCGACUAGACAGGGUUAUCGGCUCUUUUAUAGAGGAGGCAUCAAGGCUGUCAUGUCGCACCCCAUUCAUUUAUCUUGUUUGUCGUCCUUUUAGCUCAAGGAAUAUGAUUUUAUCACCAACACGAAUGUCACUUCACAUGUACGCACCAAAGUGUGUUUGCUAAAAUCCGGCAUCCUUACAUCAAAUAUUUUAAAAUAUUCCUCAGAUCAUCUCUGCGCUUCCGAUUGGACGUUUUAUUUGCUUCAAACUGGUGAUAAUCAUAAAGAUAAAAAAUGAAAGACAGUAGGGACUAAAGUAAACUUAACGAGAUUGCUUUUAUUUCUCUCAUCAAGUUGUUUAUUCAGCAGACCGCCCACUUAGAAAGAGCAUUUAUUUGAAAGCGCGCCCUUACGGUGAAAUGAAGAUGAGCUUAUUAAUUUCCUCUUCAAUUUUCAUGUGAAUUCUUCCUUUGCAAACGUGUUGCUAUGCUCUUUUAUAAUUAGUGAGAUAGGAUGAAAAAUUCGUCUUAUUUUUUUUUAUGGAAGAGAGCAUCUUUCCAAGCGCGGAUCUAGGGUAAAUACUGACCGAUUUCCUAAACAAGGGGCCGAGGGAGCAAGCUUCUAGGGGAGCCCGGGGGCAUGCACUCCCGGGAAUUUUUUUGGAUUUUAAGUCCCCAGAGUUCUCUUUCCCGAGUUUCUGUCUAAUGCCCAGAAAUUGGAAAAAGAAAACAUUUGUCCAGACCAUUUUCCUGAUUUCAACUUUGAAAGUUCUAUUACUUUUAUUAUUAAAAAUAUGUUGAUAGUGAAAAAUUUGACCGAUUUUCGUAAAACGGUGGAAACCGGUGUGGAUUCGCGCCUGCUUUCUAACGCCAAAAGAGGUUGUUUCUUAAGACAGGAUCAGGACGUGUGCGGGCUUCUCUCAGCUCAUAUAUCUUUGUCAAGGCUUACUCAGCAUCAUUACAAAAAUAAAUUGCAUGGUAUCGCGAUGACCCACCUGUUUUGUAAACGGCUAAAGGUACGGUCGUCGCAAAUUCAGACAAUAUCUCAAUUCUGGGCCCAAAGCCAAAUUUCAAGACUUUCACUGAUUGUUGAGCACGUAAAAACGAUUAGUACAAUGCUAAAGCUCAAUCUAACCAAGCGGAUGCUAACAGGAAUAGAUCCUGGCUAAUGACGGGGCUCAAUUAACGGCAUUAAUAAAGGUUUCCUCCACAGGUUCAUCUAGUUUACAGAAAAUCAGAGCGGAAAGAAAAUGUGCGUUAACUAAGCCUUGUAUCCGCUCCACUGUUCAAUUAACGUCUUAGAAUCUAGGUGUUUUAGACUUUCAAAUCCUUUUCAUGAUUUUCAAUCGAAGAGGAGUGAAAUCAUAGAUAUAUUUUUCCAGUCAUCGUACAGAAGACAGCACAACUGUGAUUUUAGCCCUCUCCACUGAACAGUGUUUUGACUCAUAAACCGACCUACGUCUCCUUUUUGUGUCACAGGAAGACUAGGGAGAGAGGAAAACUGAACCAAAGAAAGCGUGCGCAUAGCGGAUGACAACGCCUUUCCUCUCUUCCCAUCGCCACUUGCGUGCUUAGUAUAGGUCUUGUUACUUUUGAAUUAUUCCUAUUUCAUUGAAUACCCAACUGAAGCAGCCGGGUAGGUGAGAGUCCAACUAGGAUUUUUUCUCUGACAUUAUUCGGAUGUAAUGAUGGUCAGUACGUUGACCAAACAGAUGAGGAAUUUGUCAGUUAUGGAACGAAAUACUUGUGAAUUAUUAUUAGCUAGUCAGUGAAUUCGAACCGAAUAGUUCGCCCUAUGUAAAGGAAUCCAAGACAAUCUUGGAUUCUGGAUUCCACCCUGUGGAUUCCGGAUUCUAGUUACUGGAAUCCAGAUGCUUUGUCCAUGGAACUUGAUCUCCGGGUUCCAAUCAUUAGUUGGAUUCCGGAUUCCACAAGCAAAAAAAUACCCGGAUUCCGAAAUCUGAAUUCCCUUACGUCGGGGCGAAAUGUUGACCAUUUUUCUUUUUCUAUAGUUUCUCAUCAGGGAAUAGCUGAUAGGCUUGACGAUAUGAUACAAUUACGACGAUUCUUCCCUAAACCAGAGCCUACUAAGCUGCAAGAUAUUCCACUGUGCGAGACAGAACAGUGCAAAAAACAGAGUUUAAAAAUGUCGGAGAUGAUGAAUAAAUCCGUAGACCCAUGUGAUAAUUUUUACGAGUACGCAUGCGGCGGAUGGAUUGCAAAAGGACUCCCAGGUGAUCAAGCAAAGUGGACUAUAUUUUCCUACUUAUUUGAAAAGACAGAGGACAAGCUGAGAACUCUAAUUGAAGCACAGAAUAAUUCAGGUACGUCGAAUUGUAAGGCACGUUAACAUGAUGCUACUUAAUGCGGUGUCUACACGUGAUGCCCGAAAACGGUACCCGAGUGCGGUACCUCGACUGGGCACUAAUGUGAACAUACCGUUUUUUGACGACCAAGUACAGAGGACCGCGGGUGCCUGUGUGCACACUUUUCCUGUUAGUUCCGAGGUAAUCCAUUGCUUUGCGUAUCCGGCCAUCACUUUUUGCUACUGCUCACAUUUCAAAAUAGCAUCUGAAAAGGCGAAAUGGAGAAAAGUCACAUAUUGGGUUCCCUGCAGGGCUAGCUAGGUGUGAAUAUGACACCAAGUGCCGAUUUCCAAGUACCGAUGCUCGGUCACCCGGUGUGAACAGCACCUUAGGCAGGCACUGAAACCAUGUUUUCUUGUCUGACUGAUGGAAAAGCCGGCAUAAAAACGGACUUAGAUGAAAGCCCAAUACUACAGCUUCUUUAGGAAAGCUGCUCUUUAAAAUUCCACAUAGACCUAGGAAUAGGUGCCGAUGAAACCGGGUCAUGUAUGUCUUUAGGCGGCAGAUAUGUUUGGAAAACAGACUUAUUUGUGCAAGAGAGCUGUACGCACUAGACUUGAAAAGCUUUCCAAGCACCAGUGUGAAGCUGUUAAACCUUCAGUUACUACCAUUAAAUUUUUUUAAGUGAGUGUCGAAAGUGAUUUCAAAUUUGCUUUGGUAGGCUUUUCGAAUGCCUUAAAAAUAAAGAUCUCGGCCAAUCACAAUCACAAGCAACUCCAAACUAGCUAAUUAAUAGUGAUAUGUUCAAACCCGUUUGCGCCUAAAAAAGCAUUGAAGCAAACUUCAAUGAAUAAAAAGAAAAGAAAAGAGAAAAAAGAAGUUAUUAAUUUUUAGAAACUUUAUUGCUUUCUUUACUUCAGAUAACAGUGUAGGAAGACUGGUUUACAACUGGUACGCCUCUUGCAUGGACCAAGAAGAACGAAACAAACUAAAAGCUGAGCCACUAAAGGAAUUAUUGCAUUUAGUCAAUGGUCCUUCGCUCGAUGAUUGGAUACUGGCACCAGAAGCAGAUCCACCCUUAAUACUAGAAGAUGUGUUAGCCUUUGUUCAUCGUAAUCUUAGCGUAUUUCCACUGUUUACAUUAUCACUUAACAACGAUCCAAGGAAUUCUUCCUCCCCUACGCAUCUUAGUGUAAGUUGAAAACAAACAGAUUUAUAGUGAUCAAUAAGUGCCCCACUUUGCUUACACACAUAUCCCUAACUUAAAAAGAAAAUGCAGUUGUAAGUUCUCGUUUUCGAAUAAUUGAAGCCUUUUAUCACCCUCAAGCACGCAAUCCGCACCCCCUCCCCCACUUCUUUUUCUUUGUUAGACUGCAAAAGUUUAGUUUUUUUUUCUUUAGUUCACGCCAAUGUUUCAUGCCCAUUUUUCCUUUGUAGUAUAUUCAACCACGGUGACCACACACUUCAUUUCAUCCCGAUUCUAAGGCCGCUUUCUCGUGCAAGAAGAAAUCUGUUUCCAGUUUCUGUCUGUCUAUCAUUAUGCAAUGAGGUGAAUGCUACGCGCGCUAUGAUUGAUCAUGACGUCAUCUCUGAUCUAUUACUAAACAGACGCACGGCAACAUGGAAUCUAUUUGUUAAUUGUUGGCGUCAAUAUUUUUGCUAGCGGUAUUCAACUAUCUUUCGCCACAUGUAAGAUAAUCAGGAUUCUGGAAUCACAAAUCCUGGGCUUUGGAAUUCGGAAUCCAGCUGUCAAUUGGAAUUCGGAAGCAAAGUUCCAUUGACAAAGAAUCCUGAAUCCACCUCGUGGAAUAAAGAAUCCAAGACUGUCCUGGAUUUCCUUACAAGGGGCGAUAUCUUUCAUGAAACGCCGGGUGAACAUGUGCAAUGAGUCUUCUACUUUUUUUCCUUCGACAGCUUAGCCCUCAAAAGCCUCUUCUGAAGACACACGAUGUUUACUUAUCACAAGAAAGACACGCCCAAGUGGUAAAAAAAUUAAUUAUUUGAACAUCGUGGGCGCUUUCCAUUUAGGAAAAAAACCCGGAAAUUUCGGUGGUAGCAAAAGUGGAAUUUCCGAUUGGUAAAAAGUUGUUCCAUUUGGUCGUAAACCCCGGUACGUGACGUUUCCCGACCGUGGACCUGGAACUGGUACAAACUACGAGAAACGUAAAUGGAACACGACAUUCCGUUCGGAAAAAAAACGGGACCACCUUUUUAAUUUUCCAUUUGAACAUCGAACCGACGAAACGUGUUCCAUUUACCGCCGAACCGGAAAUUCCGGAAAUUUUGACUAAAUGGAAAGCGCCCCGUGAGAAUUCCGAUAUGGCUCGCGUCAAUCGGUUCUGUUCAAAUUAUAACCCAUCCGAAAACUCCGUCAAUAGCCAUUCCAGCUGAUACUGUGAGGGCGAAAACUUUGGCACAUGUGUUUGGUCAUCACAUUUAAACGGAUCAUUUGUAUAAAAGACACCUGUCAACGAUUUAUUUUUCAUCUUUCUUUAUGCAAUGUGUUUAGCUUUUUCUCAUGGGAUAUUAAGAGGAUAAACGCUUCAGUCUUUAAUCUCACUUUUUUUUCAUUUUUUUCUUCAAUGCAGGUGACUAAAGCCUAUCUGACCCUGAUGGUACGUUUGAUGAUUCUAGUGAGUGGAGUGAAGCACAUGAACUUACUGGAAGCUUUUCUCAAAGAGCGACUCUUGAGCAAACAAUUAGCAGAGAUCUUUGCAUUCGAGGUUGAAUUAGUCAAGGUACUGGAAUAAAAUAAGUUACGCCGUAGUGAGCGUAUGAAAAGUGUAGCGUCCACUCAUAGCUACUUGAAACUGUACUUUAAUCAGUUGUUCACUUGCUAGUUCGUUUCUAAUCUGCACAUAACUUGUAUUCAUUCCAUUCACAAAUUGCACGUGAAAGAGAAAGAUUCGCUGAAAUAACAACAACGCGACUAUUACAAAGAUGAUAUUGACCGAAUAACCGAAAAUACUGCAUACUUACAAGUUAUUGUGCCUUCUUAAUGGAAAGGAAAACUUGUCCUAACGAAACGACAGUAUAACUCCAUAACAAAACAUGUGCUUUUUCGUGGGAAAGAGCGCCCGCGAUAUUUUGUGUGCGGUCACCGAAGACCACGCCAUGUAACGUUUAUUUUCUGUCUCUUACAAAAAGAGAAGAGAGAAAGGAAUGAUCGAAUUGCACCAUUGUCACCCCAUUUGAAAUCCGGAAACCCGCUAACGAUUGAAACACGAAUUCCAUUGACAAGAAAUCCGGGAUCUAGCACCUGAAGUCCGGAAAUCCACCGCAUGGAAUCCAGAGUCCAAGACUGUCUUGGAUUACCUUACAAUCUUGACAUCAGGAGCAACCACCAAGAAAAAAAAAACUUCACCACUACGUAUAUUUCAAAGAAAAUUCAUAACUGAUACAUCACUGAUAGCAAAAUAUUAGUUGAAAAAUGCAAUUUAACAGAUGGAGGAAAAAGAUUCGUACAAUUUCAAUUUGAACGGAAUAACUUGAUUCGGUACUUUUGGGUGUCAUUUCAAUCUAGAAUGAACGGCUGACGGGCUAUUGUUGAAACCGCGGCAGGAUUAGCUCUCCCGCUUGACUGCAGAGCGGGAGGUCUUUUCGAUUCCCGGGGCCGGACCAACACUGGGUCUUAAAAUAACUGAAAAUUCGAACUCAGGCGGUGACUUGGGAACCACGAAAAUGUCCCACUCCAGUUUAAUUCUGGCUAACGGGCUUGACACUUGAAUUAAGUUUUUUUUUCUCUCUUAUGUUUCUUUUAUUUCUGCUUAUAGCAUUCCUAUUAUUAUUAUUAUUAUUAUUACUAUUAUUAUUAUUAUAUCACUUUGUAAGAAAACACUUCAACAAAGAUGUAUUGAUUUUGAUUUCCAGCUUUGUAGGGCACAGGCUACCCAAUGGGUAUGGGAAGGAAAAGGACGAAUAGGUUUAGACCAACUGCCCUGCCUACUAGUUCCCCAACCUAUGAAAGAUCGACACACGAGUGGAGGAAGGGGGAAGGACCCGGAAGGGAGUCACUACCCGAGAUUUUUACAGCCCCAGGGGUUCAUUUACCGCCCCACAGGGUCAGAUAAGUGAAAUGCUGUAAGACGGGGCUUUUUUAAACCCGUCCUCUUUCAAGAGGACUAGAUAGUUUGUAAAAAGCAUUCUCUUGAAAGGCUGCUGACAUUAUGAUGUUAUUAUCGAUAUUUAGUAUACCUUGUUUGCUUUUUUUCGACACAGGCGAUGCAAGAACAACAAAGUAAACAAGAGCUAGUUUAUAUAGGGAACAUUGGAGGCUAUCAAACCGAUUUCCCGGAGAUUUUCAAUAACGAAGUGGUAUGUUUCGUAAAUAUGGCCGCGACUACCUCAAAACGAUAAAAACCCUGUAUGUGACAGUCCAAACGCUGUCCAAGGCUAUUGCGGGCUGAACGAUUCUCACAUACAAUUGUCAGUGGAAAUGCUACGCUUUAGCAUAAAAGACUAGCUGUGACCACAAGCCAAACCGGUUAACGUUAUUCGUUAUAUCCUUACGUCUUCGUGGACGUGAAAAAUAAAACUGUUCUUGCAUUCAACUUUCCUAUGAUCUUAAAAAUUAUGCAGUUAGAUAAGGGCAUAAACUGCAGAACUCUUCAGAUCAUUCGGAAGCCGAAUUCAGAUACAAUUGCUAAUUUUUCCGAGUGACAUGUACCUAAGAUAACUUUUGGCCUGCUGCAUUAAACUAACCUUAAAUCCUCAGGCCCACUCUCAAAUAAGUCCCCUCUCUCUAAUAAGCACUCUCUUUUCAGGGAAGAAAGUUAAUAAGCCCUCUCUUUCCCCUCCCCUCCGUCCCCUCCCCUCCCCCUUAUUAUUCUUCACUAAUGAGUAUUUACCAACUGGAAGUUCGGAUUUGAUUCUGAUCCUCGGCUGCAUGACCUCCAACUUCUUGUACUCGAGCUUUUCUACUUUGUAUUCUAGUUCUUUAAGGAGAACUGAUACCACUGUCUUUGGUAAAUUAAAUUUAAAAAAACCCGUCUCAAAUAAGCCCCCUAUCUCUAUUAAGCCCCCUCCCCCCUCCCUUCAAAUGUGUUUGAAAUAAAUAAGCCGGUCCUCCGGGGGGCAUAACAGAGGAUUUACGGUAAAGGUUUCCUUACGGUGAGUGUGACAAAACCAUGCCUGAUUGUUCCUAUGUACGUGACGCAAACCAAAUCAGUUUGUAGCAAAAUCCUGAAAGUUCAUAAUGAAUGUUUCCUUGAAUUAAAGAAUUACUGCCAAAGUUUAAGAUAUGAAUAUGGUCACACUUUAAAAGAGUCUAACUAUGCUAAAUAACAACAUAUCAGUUCUCCGCAAUAAUUAACUUAGAGACGAACUGGCGCAUCUUUUGUUUUUUAUCACCUGGAAAUAACUUUUGACAAUUAAUGAUGAUAUUGAGUCCCCGUAUAUCUUUAUUUUACAGUUUGACUGGAAGAGAUACUUUAACAAAUUAACAGAAGGCUUAGGUGACAAGUCUUUCUCGGAUUCAGAACCAUUUUGGGUGAUGAGCGCACAUUACUUGCGGAAGUUGACAUCAAUUUUGAGCAAGUUUCCAAGGAGGUAAAAUAUAAUUCCUUAUGUUGAACUGUUCUCUGAGUUUGAGGCCAUCAUUUUAAGCGUACGUGUUUACUCGAAUAAGCGCCGCCCCGAUUAAGCACCGUCCCCGAGUAAGCGUGCCACCCCUUGUAUAAUAAAGAAGACGUUAAUUCUGUAGUUUAAUACGGAAAAUAAUGGUAAUACUGUAGUUUUAACUGAAAUUCUUUGUCACGUCCAAAUUUCAAAUAAGCGCCGCCCUCGAAUACUAUAAAGGCCGCAUGUGGGGCGUGAAAAAUUUAAUAAGCUAGUGCCGCGACGAUUUUUCGAGUAAAUGCAGUAGAUGUUUGUUCAAUUUACCCUUGUUAUUUGUUUUUAGACAAACAUCAGCAUUUGAUCUAUCAUUCAGUGGUUUGACCCCACUGUCUGUCCAUUAAACGAAGUUUUUUUGUGUGAAUACUGAAUGAAUUAAUGACUGACGCAAAAGCAAAAGAUUCGCACAGCUAAGCAUGCGCCGUUUCCUGCUCAAAACUGAGGGAAUUUCAAUUCCUUUCUAAAACGCAUUUACAACUAAUUCAUGACAUUAUUUCCGUUACCAAAGUUGUGUUUGUUAUUUUUAUACCCUGUAUUGCACUGAAAUCUUUGAAAACUCUCCUUUUAACCCUGCGAAAUCCUGGGGUAGAUUGAAAAUGAAAUCUUUGAAAACUGUCCUUUUAACCCUGUCAAAUCCUGGGGUAGAUUAUGCAUGAUCGAUAUUACGUCCCGAAUCCACUAACCUCCUCCCCCAUCCCCUCACCUAUCCAUACCCACCCCUCCCCCGCCUUGCCAACCAUGUCAACAGCGCUUUCACGGUCUAUCGGUCUAUCACACGAUCAGCCCAGCCUCCUUCCCAGGGUCUCUCUCACUCCACCCAGGACGGGAGGAAGGGAGAGCUGGGGACGUGAUUGACGAUCAGCCAAGUUGCUGACACCUGAAUGUUUGACUUCUCUAGAGCUGUCUUCAAUUACAUCACGUGGAACAUAAUUUACGAGUACGGCUCCUACCUCUCGCAAGACUUCCACGACGCAUACAUGGAUUUUAGUCACGAUGUUUAUGGAAUAAAGAAAUCUAGUCCGUUAUGGCGUAGAUGCGUCCGCGGAACAGACAAGUCACUUGAUAUGGGCGUAUCCAUGUUGUUCAUAAAUGGCACCGGUUUUACUAAUGAAAGCAGACAGCAUGUAUGUAUGACCAGACGCUCUAGGAGAAUUCUGAUAAGCAAUGAGAAAAUUUAACCUGACAGAAACCUCUAAUCCAUAUGAACGAAGAAUUCAGUAUGUGGUCUAGAGAUUGAUUAGAAAUUAACUGGUAGAUUUCUGUUGUUUGACUUUGCUGCGUUCACCCUCGUUUUUUUUUCAAGCAAACGUGUAGUUUUGAACAGAGACUGAGCCAAGACUGAAGUUGUUUAAUGUUUUACCUCAGUCAACGAAGCGAGCCGUUCAUUAAUCCGAUCUAAUUCUUUGUGUUAGAAACAUUGCAUAAACGAUUUGCUAUUGACGCUGUCAUUGUUUUCUCUUAGUUUAAAACGCGGGCGUGCUACGCACAAUGAAUCUAUCUCGUUAUAAAUAGUAGUGUGUACACUUAAUAGCCAGUCAUAUUGCGGGAUUUGAAGUAAAGUGUUAAAGUUGGUUUCUACCAAAAUGCAGAGUGUUUCGUUAGAGCCACCCCUUCUUUUUGUUCAUUCAACGGUCGUUUUUUAUUCCUUAGGCGAAUGAUAUGGUUCAACACAUACGCAGUGCCUUUAUGGACAAUUUACAGGAUGUCAAGUGGAUGGACAGCAAAACAAAGCGGGCAGCAGUGGAAAAGGUAACAGGCAUGAUCAGUAACAACUUUAACGUAUCCGCUAGCCUGCGAGCACUCUCUCCAUGCCAUUUGGAAGAGUUGCGAGAAGUCAGGCGAGAGACGCACGCGAAAGGAGACGCGGGUGUGAGGGCCUGGGGGGAGGAAAGAAAUAUUCGCCGCUCGGUCUCGCUUUCUCUUGCUGCUCGCUUCGCUCGCCAUAACUGGAAAGCUUGCUCGCAGGCUACCCAUCCGAAAGCGUAACCAUUGUAACGUUCAUUUCACCCCACGUAAGGUAAUCCAAGACAGUUUUGGAUUCUGGAUUCCACGCCAUUGAUUCCGGAUUCUUUCGCAGUGGAAGUCGGAUUCCGGGUUUCAAUCGUUAGUGGGAUCCAAAUUCCUUGAGCUGUAUUCCAGAUUCCACGAGAAAACUGUGUGGAUUCCGGACUCAGGACUCCCUUACAUGGGGUUAUUAAUUGACUGUAAGGAAACAUUGAUUGCUCGUUAAAAAUCGCUAGGACUAUGCAAGCAGACUGAGGCUUAUAAAGACAGAAAAGAUAUAUUCCUAGAAAAUAGGAGGAAGGGAGCUUCCUCUUUUAUUUAAAAAAAGAACAGAUUGUCUAUUCAACUUAGUACUCUUCUAUUUUAGCCUAUGAAAUGACUAUGUUGCAUUUAGAGGUUGAAGACAAUUCUCUGCUGAACAAAGUAGCACGACCUCUUGCAAAACUAAAAUAGUUUCACGGUUUCAUGGUGUUACGCUUGCCAAAAAGUCGGUUUAUACUUUCAAACGAGAAUUGUUAGGAAACACUACAUAUAAUAUAUUAACCUUAUUACAAAGCCUUUGGAUGAUAAUUAAUGUCAAUGACAAAAAGCAAAGCAAAAUUUUCAAUAAUUGUUUUACCGCAGUUUCUCAUCAACAGUGCAUGUGUGCCGGACUGCAUGAUUUGUCUAAUUUGUGGUAUUCUCUUCUUUCGUAGGCUAAAGCAAUAUUUCAGCAAAUAGGUUACCCAGAUUUUAUCUUAAAUCAGACUCGACUAGAACAGUAUUUCGCGGGGGUAAGUUCCAUUUAAGCCUGUACAAAUUUUAAGUGAUUUUCAGCCCUUUUCACGCCAAAAGUCUUAAUCUACUAUUCUUUUUAUUUGGCAUUUACUUCGGUUGUACUUGAAAUUCCACCUUUUUAAUAUUCUGAUUAAAUUCAAGUACCUUGAAGCUGUGGGAAGCCGAAAGGGGCCCUUUUUUUCCACUUGUGCUUUGCUCCCGCAUUGGCUGUUUUAUGGUAUGGUAAAUGUAGAAUAUUUAUCACAAUUAUUAUAACAGCCAUAGCAACUCACAGACUCUAGCAAGCUGUUCAGCGAAAGUCCCUUAUAGUAAACCAACUGACUUGCUGGCAGUUAUUUCUGAAAAAAAAGGGCAGGGUAGGGCAUGUCUUCGCCUGUGUCUUUUUUCUGCAAAUGAUCUUCACAACAUGUACUGAGCUAUUUAAAUUCAAUACAUAGAUUUAACCAAGGCUAAAAGCAAAGCUCCCGUUAAUAAAUGUAUAAACUUCUAAUCAUCACAAAGAAAUCCACUUGGAGUUGAGCCUGCGAUCAGUUGAAAACUAGUAACUUGUCAUCGGAUAACUUAAAAAACACGCUGCCUCGAUGGGGCAGCACCUGAGCCCGCAAUAUGGUCAUGUGAUACUGGCCAGCAGACCCCUUGUUUGACAGCUUUCCGUUGAUCACAUCGUAGAUUUGCAAUAUCAGGUCCCAGGUUCCCACACUAUCUAGAAAGUAUGAUAUUUCACGUUGGUUUCCCCGUGGUGAGGACCCGCGGGAUGCACGGUCACGUGAAUACCAAAAUUUAUCGGAUGGAUAGAUAACCAAAUUUUCUUAACUAUGGGGCUCAGCUCGCGAGUGCGUGGAGGUCCGCUAUUAGACCACCGGCCUAUGUAUUUGGCAGCCAUGUAACACUUCAGCUGUUAUUUGUUUUACUCCAGUUACAAGUUGACCCAAAAAAUUUCUUUGAAAACCGACUGAGGGAGAGUGGAUUGAGAAUGAAAAACACACUGCUAUUUAGAGGCAAGCCGUUGAACCGUCUUCAGUGGGAUAUGCGUCCGACGGAGAUUAAUGCUUACUAUUCACCAAACAACAAUAAAAUAGGUGGGUUAAUUAUUAUGAACUGUUAUAAAUUGAUUGGAAAUGAUGCCGGUUAAAUGAUUUCUGACGAAAGGCAAGCCUGAGACAUUUUGCUUAUCCACUCGUAAACAUACGUUUUACUGUUUCAGGACCACAAGUUUAUCAGCUUAUCAGUUCCCAUUAAAAAAAAAUCACUGAUAAAUAGCCUGCGUAGCAUGGCGGUUUUGUCGGGCCCACUACUGAGCCGCGAAGACGCCAAGUACGCGCGAACGAGCGCCGUUACUCCAUCCCAAAUCUCCUGGCAGUUUGACUGCCCUUGCCCACCUUCACCCUACUUCGCCCUCCUUGGCUCUUGGCUUGUUCGCGCACCCGAGCCAAAACCGCCGUGCUACGCAGGCUAACUGAUAAAUGUCUAGUGUUACCCCAUUUAAAUAAAGUCUUCAUUCCACUCCACACCACGGUUGAUAGUGCUGCAGCACUGCUGGAUGUACAACAAGAUGAAAAGCAAUUAAGACGUAGAACAAAAGUGAAAAUUAAAAAAACGUGGAAUAGAGACUGAUGGGCAGUCAGCUGGGUCAGUCCAACGAUGCAGAAAUUGCAAAUAGAAGGACAGUCGCAGACACGAACAGGUUGAACAGGUAACAGAUAGGCUGCCUCCUUUACUAGCUUUCCCAAGGCUUAGUGGAGAGCACAGAACAAGCGAGAAAAGUGAGAGCUGAAGACAAGCGAGAAGCGCAAGAGGGGGAUGAUGGGAAGGAAAAUAGGGAAUUACCUUUCACCCCCGCAAUCAUUAAUAAGUAGGGAGCUUAAUCAACAACGACCGCGACGGACACGAAUGCGUCACCUAAAAAGUGAAUUUGCGCUGCUUCAAACUUUAUCGCGCUUGUUCCAUCUUGUUCAGAAUGAAUAUUUCUGGAGUUGAAUUCUAAAGGACUGUAUCGAAGCUCAGGAAAAGAAAAAGGUCAAGAAACCGGUUGUUUGUUUUCACGUUCUCGGCAAAACGUGAAGUUAGUCGUGCAACGACGACAAAGAAAUGUACAAAAAAGUGUGCUGCACGUGCAGAGCUGUUGUUUUGCUUGUCUAAUCCUUUGCUUUUUUGCCGUUCUCGUCGCCAUCGCCGUAGUCGUUGCUAAAGCUCCCUAAUAGGUUAGUCGCAAGCGACUGGGAACAAGGCAAGCAGAUAGGUACAUACUGAGACAGUCAGUCCGACAGACAGACAGACAGACAGAUUGUUGUGAGACAGUCACUGUUGAAAAUGCAGCCGAAAACCAAAGGGCUUGUUCUUGUUUGGACUGUAGAUUCUAAUUCAUAUUACUUUAAAAUUCCUCUUUCAGUUGUACCUGCAGGGAUUCUCCGGCCACCAUUUUAUCACGUUGAAUAUCCACAGUAAGCGCACGACAUCAUUUUUUGUCUUCUUCUUUACCUGAUGAACAUGACAGAACAGGGAAAAUCUUCAUUACCUUCUGCUGAUUUGAACUAUUCAUUUCCUUAUUAAUCUACAUUCCUUUAUUAAGAAAGACCAAAUAAAUAACCACUGCUUUUCGUUUUAGCGCGGAGAAUUUUGGCGCCCUUGGAUUUGUGGUCGGACACGAGCUAACUCAUGGAUUUGACACGUCAGGUUUGUUUGUUAUUGUAAUUUAUUCUAAAUGCUAGUAGUUGUAUGUCAAACUUAGUAGCCUUUGGGAUUACACUGAACUAAUACUAGAAGAAAAAAACCAUUAAAAUAUAGCCAUUAAUGACAGUGUUUUCUUAAGGUGCGUGAGUGUUUAUGCUCGCGUAGAAAGUGCUUAAUUCGAAAACAUCUAGGGUUGGGGGCGAAUUAAAGAGGGAGGGGUGACAGAAGAGAAAGAUCCCUUUCCCCUUCCCCGUCAUUUUCGUUUUCCCAAAAACUCCUAAAGCCUACCACAAGGGUUAAUAUUUCUACUUUCCCCAGUCUUCCUGAGUAAAAACAUCAAAGAUAAUGGCUACGGCUUAAGCGUAUUUUGGGGACGAGCGAAAAGCUAGCGAAAGCUGCUUGUUGGCUAUAUCUAGCUCGCGUUGUAAAAAAGAAAAAUCAAGUAUUCUGGCUAGCAUAAGCAUUUUCUGCUGUGUUUUAUUUUUCGCGCCAUCCAUACAAUCUCGAACAGAUAGCACCACAUUCUUAGUUAACCAUUUAAAGCUAUUCAUAACUCGCCCAUGGGCGUUGUCUCGCCCUGUUCGUACUUGAAUUAGGAAAAUUAUAGGUUACUUUUCUAACUGUAAUACGUCUAACAUGAUAGGUGCCAGGUACGAUAAAGAAGGAAACUUGGCAAAUUGGUGGAGUAAUAAAUCCCUCCAACACUUUAUGAAUAGGGAGAAAUGCCUGGUAAAUGAAUACAGUCAGUGCAAAGUGCAAGGCCACAACGUGAGUAAUACAGUGUUUUAAAAUUAUUUUCUUUCAAAUUGCCAAAUGCUGGCUUGACCUAUAACAAUCAGUCAGUUAGCGACUUGGAGUGGAGCGUUACGUGCCACUUUUCCAGACUCGUACCCAGUCGCUAUUUAAGUAUUUUUUGGGAUGAGAGAAGAUUGGGGAUUAGGUUGUGGCGCGCGCGGGGUCUCACUUCUUCCCUUCCCAUGAGACCCCGCGCGCGCCACAACCUAAUCCUCACUCUUCUCUCAUCCCAAAAAAUACUUAAAUAGCGACUGGGUACGAGUCUGCCACUUUUCUACACAAUUAUUAGGCUUCAAGUUAAGACUACUCUAAAAACUUUGACAAAUCGUAUGGCUAGGCCGAUUUCCUGGCUUCAGUUUGAUGAGACAUUUGGCUUUUAGUUUUACCUUUUUUUCGUAACAGUCCAGAACAAGAAAAGAAAUGUGCGCAAAACUUUAUUCAAGUUUCAAAGGAAGCACCCCUGACCUUAGACUUCUUAUUGCCUUUGCUUGUUAAUGAUUCACGAUACGUAAGUUACCUUUAUUUUGCAUCUCUUUCAGCUAAGUGGCAUGAAGACUUUAGCAGAAAAUACAGCUGACAAUGGAGGAUUAAAACUGGCCUACAUGGUAAGGAAAUUUCUACUGAGGCUUAAACCAAGGUGAAAAGGGCGUAACACAUUACACAUUACGAAGAAAAAAAAGGUAUUCGCAAAAUUGAUUGUCGAGAAACGCUCCAACACAUAUGGAUUGAUAAAAUUAAUAACAACUUUUUCGUUUUCUGACAGGCUUAUCAAAAAUGGCUUCAGAACAAAGAUCACGACACUACACUCCCUAAUCUUGAACUCACUUCACGUCAACUCUUUUUCCUUUCUUUUGCUCAGGUAAGGAAGCGCGCAAGCUGCGGGUUGUACGUGACUACAACCUUUUUUAUGUUGAGGAUUCUCUUUUUGUGGAUACAAUUCUUUGCCCAAAGAGGGUUUGAGACUGUGAUUGUAUCCUUGGUAACGAUACUGACAGAAAGUGCUUCCUCUGUUUGUCUUGUUCUUGGUUGUUUUUGCUGUGUUUGUUGUUGAUUUUUUAAAGUCGAAACGUUUAUUUAUGUUAACCCGAAGUUGAAUGGCUAAUUCUUCGAUCAGAGUAGUCAGUUGAAAGCAAGAGUUAACUCAUCUACAAGCCAUGAUACAGAUUUCAGUAUUUUUACAUGUAUUGUAUUUUUCCGCUUUACAGAUCUGGUGUGAGGAAUCUACUCCUAGUUAUGCCUUAAGCGAAUUAGCAACAAAUGUUCACUCUCCAGGAAAAUGGCGGUAAGAUAAUAUUCAAAACCAGAUGGAGUGUCUCACAAGAUUUGCAGACACUGAGAAACAGACACUGGGGGUAGAUUCAUCUGCAAUUUGCGUGUAUAGCCGUCGGAUUUGUCUGUUUUAAACUAAAAAGAUAAAUGAAAUAAAUUUUUAAAAAAAAUACAAUUCACCAAAUUAGAAGCGAGAAGUAAAUUGAGCCGAGUUAACUUUCACAAGACUUCUGGGACUAGGAAAAGGGCGGAAAAAUAGCCAAAAUAGCUGACCGGUGCUUGCCCAGUAACCAUCCCAUGCAGAAAAAAUUGCGGGAAGCCCCUUAGGCUCCAGCUCCGUCCUCGUUUGUUAAGUGGCGAAUGGCCAAAUGUGACCAUAAAUGAACCCUUCCUCUGAGAAUUAGAAGCGCUGAGUUUCCUUAGAGCGCCCCAACGCGUAGGACAGAAUUAUCAGUUGAUAACUUGGUAUGGUCAGGAGGCUAUAAGUAGGAGCGCGCAUCUCCCUUACUUGCAUACAUAUGCAACGGCCAUGGCAACGGCGCUUUCACAGACUAAGUUACUUUUAGCAUCAUUUUUGAGCACUUUUUCCCGCGAAAAUGGAAGCGCCGUUUCGUAUGCGGGCCCAUGCAUCCACAGUACGAUAAUUACAAAAAGAAGAAGUAAAUGCUAUCAAAACAUCAGAAAUAAAAUUUUCAAGUCUCGGGUUUUUGAUGACAUAUUUGUAAGACUUAUUUGAUAUUUGAACUAACUAUUCUAUGCAUUUUUCCUUCCUUAGUGUGUUAAUGACCCUGAAAAACCAUCCUCACUUUGCCGAGGCUUUUCAAUGCAAACCUGGAACGCCAAUGAAUCCAUCGGAGAAAUGUCAAGUGUGGUGACGGCGGGGGGAAUUAAAAAUUAUUUUCUUAAAAUUCGAAUUUAGAGAAAAAUAUCUGCCAAAUAUAAUUAUGAAAUUAACACCCACCCAGGGCGUGCAAUAUUUAUGACUAUAUUUAACUUUCUCUUAAGAGGCAGAUUUUUAUUUCAUGACAAUUCUGUAAGGGACUUAAUUAUAAUGGGCAGAAAUGGAUUUAACUGUGUACAGGACUAAACAUGUCAUUCAGUGUAGUAAGAAUUUUAGAUGAUCUAUUUUUAUAACUUGAAAUGCACUGGAGAAGUAUUAGUUACAUCGGACUCAGUAGUAGUGGUAAUAGAAUU